AUGUUUCUGGAGGAAACCAAGGCUCUCCAAAGUAAGUACGACCACAGACGACAGAUGUGCAAGCAAGCUACACAGUGUGAAACUAACACUAGUCUCUUCACAGAGUUUGUUCAAGAGGCAAAAAAAAGGAAACUUACAAACUGUGAACUCUUAAAAUAUCAACCAGAUUUUAAGUACAGUGAUGUCAGACAGUUUUCUUUUCACAACUUUCUUGUUCAAGUCAGUGAUGAACUAAAUAAUGAUGUUGACAAAGUAUUAGGAUCAUUAACAGAGGCUCUUAAUGACAAUGUUCUGGCUCAAAUAGAAACUGCUACAAAAAAUCAGUGUACCAAUCCUUUGUGGCAUGAACUUCGUUAUGCUCGCAUCACAGCAUCCAGAGUUUUUGAUGUAAGUCGCUGCCGAACAUCAGACGGAUCCUUAGUAGCUGCGAUCAUGGGAGCAAAAAUCCCAGACACAUCUGCCGUAAAAAAGGGGCGGAGACUAGAAUCUUCAGUGAUUAAAACUGUGCAAAAAAUCCUGAAAAAGAAAGUAAAGCCCUGUGGACUGUUUCUGUCAGCUCAGUACCCCAUGAUUGCAGCAUCUCCAGAUGGAAUCUGUAAAGAUGCUGUGAUUGAGGUCAAGUGUCCAACAAGUGAAAGUACCAAAUCUAAUUACAUUUGUAAUGGCAACAUUUCAGAAAAGUACAGAGCUCAAAUUCAACUACAAACGUUUGUUACUAAAAUGAGGAAAGGUUACUUUUGUGUAGCUCACCCUGACUUUGAAGAUUCAAAGAAAGUAGAUGUUAUUGUUGUUGACUAUGACAAUGAAUAUGUCAGUAAUUUGUUGAUAAACGUUGCAUCUUUUUGGAAAGCAAAUAUUUUUCCACUAUUGAUUCAUAGUGUUACAGUUUCUGAUUAA